CUGUCCCAUAUCACAAAAAUUGUCUACUAGGGGAGUACAAAUAACAGUCUCAGAAAAAUGCCAUUGUAUGAAAUUGAGCACAGCAUCCCCCUGGACAAGUCACAGCGCGAUGACCUUGCCCAGGCCAUCACCCACAUCCACACCCGCAAGUUUGCCACACCUAGCUUGUUCGUAAAUGUCCGCUUCAUAGAUGCCAGCACACAACACAAUUAUGUGGCGGGCAAGGAGCGUGCCAUCAACCGCAUCAUGGCCUAUGUUCGGGCGGGUGGAACACGAACAACGGCCGAUUUCGAUGACCUUUCCCAGCGUGUAUCGGAUGCUUGGGGUAAAGUUGUCAAUAAGAACGGGGAGUCUCCCAAGGAGAGACAACUGAAUGCUGUGUUUGUCUUGGGCGCAAUUACGACGGGCACGGAGAACGGGUUUCUGUUGCCGCGGGCUGGGGAGGAUGCUAGUUGGCUCAAGGCUAAUGCUCCGAAGUUCGAGGAGUUGGCGAAGCAGGGGGAUGGUGAUUUUGCUGAAUUGGUUGAGGAGAUGCGGAGUAGGGAUGAUCUGGCUGUUUGAUUGCAGGAGUAACAUGCAUAAUGCGUGGUUUUUGCGUGAAUGGGAAGUAGUUAGGCAAUUAAGCCAUGUCUCCUCUGCUGGAGAUAUCUAGUAUUACAUAUGACUGUUAGUGUAAGAGGAU